AUUAUCAGCUGUAGCAAAAUAACAAUUUAGUUUACGUGGAAUUCCUAAUUUAUUUAGAUUUUGUUUAAAUAUAGCAAAUAAUAUCAAUAAAAAUUCCCUUACCUAGUGUUAAUUUAUAGCAUAGGCAGUAUGAUCGAAGUGACAGAUGUCCAGAAAAUUGGCAUAGGCUUGUCCGGUAUGGGCAUAGCUUUUCUGUUUCUGGGUGUUUUGUUUCUAUUCGAUAAAGGUUUAUUGGCCAUUGGUAAUAUUUUAUUCUUAUCAGGCCUGGGCUGUGUUAUCGGCUUAGAACGCACAUUUCGUUUCUUCUUUCAACGUCACAAAAUCAAGGGAUCAAUAGCUUUUUUUGGUGGUAUUUUUGUUGUACUCAUGGGAUUUCCCAUUAUUGGUAUGAUUAUUGAAUCUUACGGAUUCUUUGCUUUGUUCAGCGGAUUCUUCCCUGUAGCCAUUAGUUUUCUAAGUCGAAUCCCGAUUUUGGGCUCAUUAUUCAAUACACCAUUCAUGGAAAAGCUGGUUCAAAAACUUGGCGGUGAUACUGGCAGAACGAGGUUUUCUGAUUUUUCUCUGAAAUGCAUAGUUCAUAGCAACUGAAGAAGAACAAAAAAUUCUAAUAUGACGCCACUACGACAUGAUAACACUCGCCCCAAGGAAGAUGAAUUAACUCCUAUUUUAAAAACACACAUUUCCAUAUCUACCUUUAGCAAGGCAGGUGGUGGUUUGUGUUGAAUAUAAUCUAGUUGUAAUGAUUCUAAAUAAAGGAAAAUU